AUAUCUCGCCUAAAUUGGGGGUAUUUCAUACACGUUUUGUGUGGCGGCCAUCGUGCACGUACUUUUCCUUUGUUAGUGAAAUAAUUGUGUUUUUACUAAGUUUAGUGUAGUGUUUUGUGUUUGCGGAUAAAAUGGGAAAACGCAAACAUCGUGAGGAAGAUGAGGAAGAUUACUUGGAAAGAAAAAUCCGAAGUCUCGAGAGGAAAAGAUUGAAGAUUCGUCGCAGGCGCCGUCAUCGUAGUUAUAGCCCUAGUACGUCCUCAUAUACAGAUAAUGAAUAUGAGUAUGCGGACCAAGAUAUCGGUGAGCCCGAUCCCUUGCUAGAGGAUUCGCAAUAUGAAGAAUCCCCAUUGACCAACAAUACUGUAUACGACUUAACCGAUGAUGAGGUCGGUGCUUCAACGUCGGGUGCGCUGCCUGCUGCUGGCGGGCUGCGAUCGGUGGUCAUACAGAAUAGAAGCGCCGCCGGGCCCCGCGCGGUGGACGCGCCGGCCCCUGCGCCCCCUCCCGCACCUGCCGCCGCCGCCGCGCCGGCGUGCGCGCCCGCGGCCGCGACCACCACGCCGGCUGCGCCCGCUCCCGCGCCUACAUCCGCAGCUACCACCACACAGGUGACCGGUGAACAAAUUGGUUUACAAGAAUCUACGCCGAUUGUGACCGCGCUUGAUCCCGGUUUAUUAUGUUUGUUGGGCGAUGAGCCCGUAAAAGAAGAAACAUUUGGUCCUUGCAUUCACGACGAUAUCUCGACGAGAUGGUCCGACAUUCUAGUUAAUGGUAUGAAGGACGAUAUUAAGAAUGAUAUUUUAAAACGUUACGAAAUACCAGAAAAUUUAAAAUUAGCGCAAGCUCCUAUACUCAAUCCCGAGAUUAAGGUGGCGUGCAGGAGCAGGACCGUCGACAUCGAGGGCUUUAAACUGGAGGGGGCAGCCGUCGUCGGCGUCGCGGCCGCCGCCUCGCCAGAGUCGCCAGACGCCAGCGAGGACGAGCUACACGCGUGGCGGGCGCAGACCGCCGCCGCCGUCCCGCCGCGCGAGCGACCGCCGAGCGCCGCCGCCGCGGCCGCACACCCGGACCUCGCGCCGCUAGCAUCGGAUGCUGAUACACAACCUCAGGCUGUUAAACUGACGUAA